AAAAAUGCAAUGCAAAAGUGACAAUUAAUUACAUCCAUAACUACUGUAAAGCCUUGUGAAACUAACCGUCUGUGUAAAUGGAUUAUUUAAAUGAACCAGAUAUUCGACUGGUCUGUUUUCUCUUGCUGUGUAAUUCGCAAGUCAAGCGUUUGAUUUUCCAUGUUGUCAUCGCUGUAGAUGAACCGCUGGCUGAUGGAGGGACCCUGGAGAUACUAAACUACACUGUCAGAUGCGGGCGGCGGUGAGGAACUCGACGGUUUUGUGGCCUCGGGCGCGUCUGGUGCUGGAGACUCUGAUGGUGCUGAUGAGUCUGGGCGCAGUGACAGGAAACAUUCUGGUUAUUGUGAUUGUUGCAGCCACCAAAACCUUCCAUACUGUGACCUCCGUCCUUAUCAUCAAUCUGGCCAUUAGUGAUUUCUUAGUGGGAAUAGGAGUAAUGCCAUUUGUGGCCAUUUCCAUUAUGAACAACGGAUGGGUCAACUGCAAUGAUCUGUGCCUGUAUGUCGGCUACACAUCUUCAGUCUACUGCACAGCAUCAGUCUUAACACUUGCUGCUAUCGCCCUGGACCGUUAUUUCUCCAUUGUGGACUGUCUGCGGUAUGAUUCCCGCUGCACAAUAUGGAGAACAGGCUUGGCAGUGCUAUGGAUCUGGCUGCAAGCUAUGGUGACCAGCUGUCCUCCUCUCUUGGGCUGGAGCAACAUUAGUUUCAUGGCUCCCAUGUACAGCUGUGCAGUGAACUGGGCCAACAGCCUGAGCUACACCGUCAUAAUGGCCUCAUUAACAUUUCUUCUACCAGCUAUAGUCAUCCUAUUCUGCUAUGUGAAGAUUGUCCGUGUGGCACGGUACCACGCUAGGAGGAUUCACAGUCUGGAAGAACAUCUCCAACGUAACAGGACCCCAUCUGUCUUGAAUCUCCAACACUCAUUCAUGGACUCCUUCACGCCAUCCAAGCUGGUGUACCAUGUGAGUGGGAAGUUCGUGAUGGAUCAAUUGGAUGUUCCUGGUGAAAUUUCUCCAGAUGCUCCAUCUGAGAUGUCUUCCAAAUCGGCUGGUGGACGUCUGCACUCAUUCUUGGCUCAAAUCCAUAGCAGUAGCCCGCAGAAUCCCAACCAAACUCAGCAUCAUGGAGUCUUGAGGUUGUUCUUGGUCAUCGGCGCUUUCUUCUUGUGCUGGACGCCCUAUAUUAGUGUAGCUCUGGUGCAGGCCACUGAAACUGCCCUGUCCCGUCCCAGCAGCCUCGUUCCCCCGUCAGCAGUCACUUUGUCCUAUUGGCUGGUGCUGUUCAAUUCUGAUAUCAACCCGUUGUUGUAUGCGCUCCUCAGCAAGCGUUUCCAAGUUGCCUUCCAGAGUUUGAGAUGGAAGAUCCAGGCCAGGUUGGGGAGCAUUGUGGGACAAGGAGGAGCUGAGAGAUCUACAGUUGGAGGUGGAGGCGAGAGUGACCCCACUAACGGAACGAUCCACAGCUCCACGGCGCACUCCAGAAAUGAUGGGGAACCGGCGUACCCUUCUGUCUUCACUCUCAGCUCUGAGUUACCCAACAGCUUCAAGGAGCAGCUGAAUAAUGUUCUUCCUGUGGCCACUUCUUCUCGUCCUGUUUGUCAUAAAUGUGGCGGACAAGGUUCUAGGACGGUAAACCACCUGCAGGUUCCCUCCAAACAGCAUGAGCGGAACAGACUUCCUUACUCUGCUGCUACUAAAAAGAAACAAGCCACGUUCUUUUAUGGACAGAUCACAGUAAGAGUAGAACAUGAUAUUUGCUGAGUUUAUCACAGCUCUGCAUUGGUAUAUAUACACGGACACAGGGAUAGUGUGAGUUUAUUUUAAAUCGUAAUAGUAUUUUACAAUAUUGCUGUUUUUACUGCAUUUUUAACCAAAUAAAUGCAGCCUUGGUAUAAGAUACAUAUUUUAAAAAAGCAUUUAAAAAUCUUAAUUAUUUCAAAUGUUUGACCAGUAAUGUAUAUAUAAUAUGUAUUUUAUAUGAAAUAAAUGCUUUUAAAACUUCUGUUUAUAUUGAUCUUAUAUAUGUAUAGUCUAUAUACUGUUAUAUGGGUCACUUUAUGUACAUUUGAAGUAAAUAUGUUCAGAAAUAAUUAUUUUUGCUUCUCUCAGAGGGUUUUAAAGCAGAAGAAGUGAAGGUCAUAUUUAUUGUUAAAGCACUUACAUGAAUUAUUCAGUAGAACCUGUUUUUAUUUGAGCUUUUGAACUUGAGGUUAUGCUUUGCUGACAUGAUUUCUGUUGAUUG